CUUGUCUAUGGCAACAGCCUUGAAUAUGAUGCCUCAGAGUUCCAGAAGAUGGUCAGUCUGAUGAUGUUAUGUACGGUCAGCUGGUCACCUGCCAGUCACAUAUUUUUAAAUUGACCUUUUUAAUCAUAGUUCAGUUCUGUAGUGUGUGAGAUCUCCAGUAUACAGAUCUUUACAGAUCUUAUUUAUAAAUUUAUAAAGUUUUGGUUCUAUUCACGGAGAGGAGGGAAUCAGGUUUAUUGGAUAAGAUUCUUUCAGUUUAAAAAGGUAAAGAUUAGUUGAAGUCCAAAAAGAAGAUAACUUACAUGAAAAUAGGGACCCCCCCAAAAAUAAAAACAAAUUAAAACAACUGAUUUCCACACUAAACAGAGCAGGGGGUCCAGAAACAGUAACAGUAACUGGUAACAAUUCAUAGUAAUUCUUAUUGUGAUUAAAAUAAAAAAAAUGGAGAAUAAAUGAAAGCCACUGGCGUUUCAGGUACACAAUGUCUGCUUUUUGUACAGAGAGGGGGCGUGACAGGAUUUAAGUAACACAUCCUAUGCUGUCAUUGGCUGCUCCACUGGAGGGGCGUGGCUAGGAGUGGAAACGCUCUUGUACUGUAUAAACCACUGUUUGCUCUGUUUAGCGUUUUAGUCUCUUACUCCUCCUACUGGGAAGCCGGCCAUAAAGGGUGCGGCUUCCUCAUCCAAUAAAUAACUCAUAAGCGCUUUGGAGUACAGAGAAACUAUGGCUGUAGUACAGGAACUUUUCCAGAUUCCCAGUUUGGUCACCCUGCUUGUUUCUGUACUGGUGCUUUUGAUCCUGUAUCUGCUGAUCAACACACAAAACCGAGGCAAGGAGCCUCCAGGACCCAGACCUUUGCCUCUUCUGGGAAACCUACUGCAGCUGGAUCUCAAGACACUUCAUCUGAGCCUCUUCCAGCUAUCUCAGAAGUAUGGACCUGUGUACACCAUUCACUUUGGCCCAAAGAAAACUGUGGUGGUUGCAGGCUAUCAGGCAGUGAAAGAAGCUCUCAUCAACUUGGGUGAAGAAUUUGGGGACCGAGAAAUACCACCUGUAUUCAAAGAUUAUGCAAAAGGCCAUGGCUCACCAUUCGACAACACAGAAGAACUGAUGCAUACCACCUGCAACAUCAUUUCAUCCAUUAUUUACGGCGACAGGUUCGAUUAUGAAGACCCUCACUUCCAGGAAAUGGUCACACAGACUAAACGAAAUGUCCAGCUCAUGGCGUCACCUGGAGUCCUGAUUUAUGACAUGUUUCCUUGGCUGGGCUGGUGGCUUAAGGACAGGAAAGUUCUGAUGGAGGGUUUCAAAUUCACACUAACACAGAUAAAACAAAUGAUCGGAAAACUUCGGGAAACCCUGAACCUUGAGGAACGCAGAGGUUUCGUGGAUUCCUUUCUUAUCCACCAACAAAAGAUAAAGAAAUCCAGGGAGAAAGUGUCUGCCUACUACCAUGAUGAGAACCUCUUAAUGUCUGUGGCUAACCUGUUUGCAGCUGGAACUGACACCACUGCAAACACACUGCGCUGGGGACUGCUGCUGAUGGCCAAAUACCCCCAUGUCCAAGACCGUGUCCAGGAGGAGCUGGACAGGGUCAUUGGGGGACGGCAGACUCGAGUGGAGGACAGGAAGAACCUGCCGUAUACAGAUGCUGUGAUCCAUGAGAUACAGAGGGUGGCACAAGUUACUCCACUAGUGCGACACAGCACCAGCUGUGAUGUGGUGCUUCAGGGUUACAGUAUCAAGAAGGGAACUGCAGUUACUCUACUGUUGUCGUCGGUACUGAGUGAUGAGAGUGAAUGGGAGAGUCCCAAUACCUUCAACCCCGGCCACUUCCUGGAUGAUCAGGGUCUUUUCAAGAAGAGGGAUGCCUUCAUGCCCUUCUCUGCAGGGCGUCGGUUAUGCAUUGGAGAAAGUCUGGCCAGGAUGGAGAUCUUCCUCUUCUUCACCACGCUUCUGCAGAGGUUCCAUUUCACUCCGCCGCCCGGAGUGUCUGUAUCGGAUCUGGACCUGACUCCCGUGUUUGGGUUUACAGUCUCUCCCACCCCCCACACACUGUGCGCUCAACCUCGGGUCAGAAGCUAAUGAAGCAACAGCGGUUUGCAAGGAAAUAUUAUAUUGUAAUGGUAGGUAAUCACUCAUCAUUACUUGAGUUAUUACAUGUGAUAAAGUGUAAUACUUACUUAAAAGAGAAGGAAAGAAGAACAAUAGGAUAACUAGAGAAUGACUCAUUGUCACGUCUGCUACAGGAUCAAUUUUAGGAGUUUUCCUUCCAUCAAGGAAAGGGCUGAUUGGCAGAAAACCUUUUGCUAUGAACUGCUUGGAAUGUGACAUUUUCCUUGUAUCAGUGUACCUUGCUAUAGAUCUUGUUAAUAAAGUUGUAUAUUGAGCACCA